UAGCAAACAGCUUGGCAAUUAAUCUUGGCAAGUUAGUCAUCAGUUUGAUAGCACUGCAUGUCAUCCAAAAGGUAGGGGGAAUUUAUUGUUAGUUUCAGACAAUUAGCAAGGGGCUGGCAGAGCUCACAACUGCCUAAAAGCUCAGUGUUCCAGAACUGCUGAGAUGAAUUACUGAAUCAAUUAAAUCACAUCAGUGGAUGUCUGCAAGCAUAUUUAAAGGUAGCAAACAAGCCACCGAGAAUUAGGGGGAGGAGAAAGACUAGCAGGAGGGUUUUUUGGUGUUGUGUUUGGUGGUGUUUUUUUCUUAAGCUGUUGGAGUUUGUUUUAUUUUGCCAUUAAAAUUAGUUUAAUAUAGCUAAAAGCUAGUGUUGACUUAAAGUGAAAUAGUCUGGUAAAGAGUAAGAACUAAAAUGACUUUCCUUCCAAAGUGGUUAACUUUUCUGAAAGGCAAAGAAGUUGUUAUUGCUAAUGCUAUAAUUGCAAUACUGACAAUUGGUGGGCAGCAGCUUUUCUCUUUUUUCACGUUCAGCUGUCCCUGUCAUGUUGGACAGAACCUUAUUUAUGGGCUGGCUUUCCUAGGAGUUCCUGCACUGAUCCUUCUGAUUCUUGGCUAUGCCCUGAAUAACCAAACUUGGAGGCUGGUUACAGGCAGAAGAUCGCAUUUUGAGAACAUGACUACAUCAGACCGGUUACUGAAAUGCAAACUGAUCUGCUUUGUCUUGUGUAGCAUCACUGGGAGAGCACUGGUUGCUCCAGUAACGUGGCUAGCAGUCACCCUGAUAAAUGGCUCAUAUUAUAUCUGUGCUGUGAGUGAGUACGUCCCCACGUAUUAUUAUGGAACUAAUCCUAACGUUACUGCCAGUGAACGCAGAAGGAUAUUGGCUACAUUUCCGUGCAGUCAGUUAGUUCCACCAGACAUGACCCGGGCAAGAGAUGAAGUGAUUCUCCUACUCCGAUACCAGUCACAAGUGGCUGGUUGGCUUCUGAUUGCUGUGGUAGUCAUCACUGUCUUCCUGUCUUACUGCCUGGCAAGCUGUUUCUCCCCGCUCAGCUUUCUGCAUUUCAGAUACUGGAGCAGCUAUGUUCACAAUGAGCAGGAGCUCUUUGACGAGGCGACGGAGCAGCACUCCAGGCUCUAUGCCAUGCAGCAUGUAAGGAAGUUUUUUGGCUUUGUCCCAGGAAGUGAAAAUGUAAAGGAAAUUCGCAUCCCAUCUCUCAGAGAGUGGCAAGCCAUUUCUGGACUGGCCUUUCUAAAACAAGUGGAUGAGGAGCACUAUGAUUAUAGUCUCCUCCAUGACUGGGCACUCAAGGAACGUGCAAAUGGAAGAUACUUGAAGACUGAUGAGGACCCUUUGAUCAGAACACAGCUCUGAGGAUCCAAGCCACCACACCACCUUGCAGAAAUGCAGGAACCUGUCUAGCUCUGUAUCAGAUCUGAGUGGCUCUGGAACUUUCCAAUGCAUUAUUACACUGAUAUAUAAAGUAUGUGAGCAAGCACAUCUUGUUAAUGUCGUCCUUUAGCACAUGCUUACAGAUGCCUUUACUGAUAGCAUCUGACUCCUAGAGGAUGUGAACUAAGUCUAGAUUAGGGUGGGCUGUUUCAAACUGCAGGUCUCUGCUUUCUGAUAGUUGUGCUAAAAGGAUAAGUUUGUACUGGGAAAGUUAUUUGCA